GCUGAUGUCGAUGACGACGACAUGACAUUAGACCGGACAGACGCCAUUGCAUUGCAUUAUUGUUAUUUAUCUCCUUGUUGCAAGUAGAUAAAAGUGUAAUUAAUAAAAAGGUGUGAUAAUAGUGAUUUAAAAAAUAUAUAGAGCUACUAUAUUUCUUUAAUAUGCAGAGAAAUCAGCAUAAUGAUAAUAAAAAUCCUAGAAAUGGUGGUGGAAGAAAUAUUAGAAGUGAAGACAACUGGAGGGAUAAAAAGGAAGAUAUAGGAAACAUAAGUGAGGAAGGCAGACGUCCUAUUAACUAUACAAAUCAUCCAAGAAGAAAUAUAGAUAACGACAAUGAAGAAAGACGUAGAGAUAACCAAAUAUAUCAUCCAUCAAGAAGGAAUCAAAAUUUUAAUGAAAAUAGAAAUUUUGGAGGACCACCAAAAAUUGGCUUCAGAAAGAUACAAGAGCUUUUGAACAACAACAAUUUAGAAGAGGUGGUUUUCUGCUUAACCAACGAACGAAAGGGCAUCAGAGCUUUGAUGGAAAACGACAAUCUGGGUCCAGAUCUAAUUGUUUUGUCCGUAAAACUUUUAGCAAGAGUUUGCGGAUGCAGUUUUGGCGCGACGAAAACCCAUUUAUUGCAAACUGUAAUUGACAGCGGUUUCGCGCGAGUUCUUACUCAGUUCAUUUCAUCUCUACCGAUUCAGUCCGACAGAGAGAAAAAAUUUAAUGCUUUCUUCUGGAACGAUGCCGAAAAUUUUUGCCUGAACGUUGUUUGUUUGGUUAAAACAUUAAAUAACUUGAUACCGAUGUCUUCGUGUGAAGCUAAUCUGAAGCUUUUAAAAGCUUUGACGUUCACUAUGACGAAUCUGCAAGGUGUCCAUAUUUCGGACAAAAUCAAAAACGAAUUCAAAGAUUUGAGCGAUAUCGUCGAAAAAGUAUGGAACGAUAUUCAAACAAAGAAAGAGAAUACUGGAACGGACGAAGAUACCUAUAUUGAACCACCAGAUAACUUCAGAGACAUAGGUGUUUAUCCAAAUACACAUGAGAUUACCAGCCAGCAACACGUGUUUUUAAGACCUAACGUUAUUAAAGGUCCUUAUAGAGAUAUCGAACACUAUUUAGACGUGCAGUACAGACUCUAUAGAGAAGAUUUUGUCCAGCCAUUAAGAAAUGGAAUAUGCAAGUAUUUAGAAGACCCAAAAACCAAACUAGAAAAUAUCAGAACGUACAGAAACGUCCAAUUCCUAAAUAGAGAAACGAUUUCGGAUCAAAACUGUUAUCGCCUGCAAUACGAUUUCAGCAACGAAAAAAAGUCUUUCGAAUUUGAAAAUUCCAAACGGUUUAUGUACGGUUCUUUAUUGUGCUUCACUCGAGAUAAUUUUCGUACAAUAUUAUUCGGCACGGUUGCUGGCAGAGAUUUAGACACUCUGUCAAAGGGACAGUUGAUAGUUGGUUUCAGAAACAACGCUAUCGUACCACAAACUAUAAUCGGUCCACAAUUUUUGAUGCUUGAAAGUAAAGUCUUCUUCGAACCAUACUAUCAGGUCCUCAACGCAUUAAAGAAUAUGUCUACUAUUCAUUUCCCUAUGGAAAGAUACAUAAUACUAGUGGAAAGCGAAGCAAAACCUCCAGAGUACCUUAAAACACCGUUAGAGCUACUCCCUAAAGGACAGUGGCCAGAGAUUUCAGAAACGCCAUCGCAGGUACUACCUAGCGAACAGAGGACAGUGAUUCCUUUGGAAUAUAAUGAAAACAUCGUGGAUGGACUGAAUGCCGGCCAACGUGAAGCCUUCGAAGCUGCUCUUACUAAAGAGUUCGUUAUUAUACAAGGUCCUCCUGGAACAGGAAAAACUUUUUUAGGACUAAAAAUCGCUAGAACACUGUUAGAAAAUAUGAAGCGUUGGUAUAGAAAGACACCGAUGCUAGUUAUUUGUUAUACUAAUCAUGCAUUGGACCAAUUUUUGGAAGGACUGCUGCCGGUCACUGAUGAAUUGAUUAGAAUUGGUAGUCAAUCGAAAAACAAAAAUAUCGAGCAAUUCAACAUACGCAAUCAUCGAAGUCAGUUCAGAAACCAUACCUUGCAAGAGAAAAGACGUGAAGUGGCAAAUUACCUUUCACAUAUCGAUUCGAUUAAACAUAAUUUGAAUGAAAUCGAUAGAUAUACCAGAAUCGUCGAUUUUAGCGUGUUCGCUAACAUCUUUAACUUUAGAGGUACUUGGUUUGAACGAGCAACUAGCGAUAACAUUCUGAAUUGGUUGUUCGAAGAGGGCCACAAUGCCAUGCCUAACAGAAUGGAAGGGCCGGUGGAAGGGUAUCAGGAAAACGAAGAGGUAACGACAAACGAAGAAAACCGCCGUCUAGAAAUCGAAAAUGAAGAAAACUUGGAUACCAGAUUCGAAGAAAUCGAAGAUAUUUUUAAAAAUAUUGAAAUUAACCCUUUCAAAGAGCUGAUUGGUCUUAAAAGUCUUAGGGAUAGAAGAAGCGAGUUGUUAAAAGAAUACGACUAUUUGCAAAAAAACGAGAUAAUAAGUCCUAGAGAAAAAUACUUUCAAGAAGAUAGGAUGCAGAUGGAGUUGUACAUGAUUGAAAAUUACUUAGACGUGCUUAUAUUCAGGCUAUUGCAAGGUCAAAAGAAUAAAAACAAAUCCAUUCAGCCUGAGUUUAUCGAUAUGCGUAAUCCGUACAACAUGCCUUACGACCUCAGAUGGCAGUGCUACUUCUAUUGGCUCGAAUUGUAUAAAAAAUCUUUACAUCAUGACAGAGAAGUGCUCAUUAGAGAUUUCCAAAGGAUUUAUGGAGUUUACAAGGAGAUGCAAGAAAUGGAAGAUACGCAAACGAUGAAAGAGGCCUUAGUAAUCGGUAUGACCACAACCUGCGCUGCCAGACAUCAAUCCUCCCUGCAAGCCUUAAAAAUCCCGAUCGUAAUCGUAGAAGAAGCUGCUGAAAUUCUGGAAUCCCACAUCAUUGUCGCUUUGACACCGCACUGCGAACAUCUGAUCUUAAUCGGGGAUCAUCAACAAUUGAAACCUUCCACAGCAAAUUAUAAAAUCGAAACCAAGUUCAAGUUGGGCGUCAGUCUCUUCGAACGGAUGAUCUUGAACAACAUCCAAUGCCACACGCUGAAUAUCCAACACAGGAUGAGACCGGAGAUAGCCAAUUUGAUUAGACCGGCGAUCUAUCCGGUGUUGGAGGACGGUGAUUCUGUUCAAGAACGGGAUCACGUCAAAGGGAUCGAACACAACUUGUUUUUUAUCGAUCACAACGAGGAGGAGCAGGUGUGCAAGGAUAACAGCAAGAAGAACGUUCACGAAGCGACAUUUUUGAUGCAGUUGGCCAAGCAUUUGAUACUGAACGGCUACAAACCGGAUCAGAUUGUAGUGUUGGCAGCUUAUCUGGGACAGAUGUUCGAGUUGCAGAGGCACCGGAGGAACUAUAGUCAUAUCCUUAAAGAUGUUAGAAUAGCUGUUUUGGAUAAUUAUCAAGGCGAAGAGAGCGAUAUUGUUUUGCUAUCAUUGGUAAGAAACAAUCAUGAAAACAGCAUCGGCUUUUUAAAACUCGAAAAUCGAGUAUGUGUAGCUCUGUCCCGAGCGAAAAACGGACUUUACAUCAUGGGCAACAUGAAUCUGCUUUGCAGUAACAGCGAAAUAUGGCCAAAAAUUCAAGAAACCCUGCGACAACAACAAGCUAUAGGAACACAUCUGACGCUACGAUGCGUGAUUCAUAGGCAUAAGGUUACUAGAGUAUCGACCGCUGACGAUUUUGCUAAAUUACCUGAAGGCGGCUGCGAUUUGCUAUGCGAAACGCCGUUGAACUGCGGCCAUGUCUGUACGAGAUUGUGUCACAUCGAAGACAGGGAGCACGCAAACUACGAUUGUAGAGAGCCUUGUGAAAAAAUCCUUUGCGACGAUCAAACUCACGUAUGUUCCAAAUUGUGCUACGAACGUUGCGGCCGUUGUUCAUACGUAGUAAAAAGACAAUUACCGUGCGACCACACGGUCAACAUUGCAUGCCAUCUGGAUCCGACAACGUAUAAAUGCACCAUAACUGUCGAAACAACGUUGCCAUGCGAUCACAUAACUAUGAUACCUUGUUCCGCUGACAAGGAGACUUUUAACUGUCCUUUCCCUUGUGACACUAGAGUGGAACCCUGCGGACAUUCCUGCGAGAAGAAAUGUCACUUCAUAAGCGAUCCCGAUCAUCUGAAUUAUUCCUGUCGCAAGCAAUGCGAUAAAAGUUGCAAAGGUUGUACCGCAGAAGAACCUCAUAUUUGCCCGAAAUUCUGUUACGAAGAGUGCGGAAACUGUCUAGCACCAGUGCGCAAGACGCGCUCCUGCGGUCACAUGUUCGACAUGGGUUGCAGCAUAAAUCCCGAGGAUAUAGAGUGCAAGAAACGCUGCAAGAAAAUUUUGGAUUGCGGUCACAAAUGCAAAGAAACUUGUGGCGAUCCUUGUGAGCCAUGUAAAGAACAGGUGGAAAAGAUAGUACCAGAUUGUAACCACAAAAUUAAAAUGAACUGUUUUGAACCACCAAACAGGAAAUUGUGUAAGGGAAAAUGUCCUCGUCUUUUGCCUUGUGGGCACGUGUGCGAUAAAAAAUGCAAUGAAGAUUGUACACAAGAAUGCAAAGAAAUCGUGGAUUGUUGCAUCACCAGUCCGUGUGGCCAUAUAAUCACAAAAAUAGCUUGUCACCUCAAAACAGAUCACGACGACAAGAUUCUCGUCGAAAAUUGCACGGAACCUUGUAACGCUCAAUUGACAUGCAAACAUAAAUGUUCCGGUAGCUGCAGCCAAUGUUACCAUGGCCGGUUCCACCAAAGAUGCCAAGAAAAAUGCGGUGUCAUUCUAGUGUGCAAUCAUGAAUGCCCAAUACCUUGCAGGGAAGCCUGCAAGCCUUGCAGAAAACCGUGCGAAUACAGAUGUGUGCACAGCAAAUGUAAAAAAUUGUGCGGUGAUCCAUGCACUCCGUGUAAAGAAAUUUGCCAGAGAAAAUGUGAGCAUCAGCGCUGUAAAAAACGUUGCGGAGAAUUGUGCUCGGUCGAGCCCUGCACCCUUCCAUGUCCUAAAAGAAUAAAAAAAUGCGGACAUUCGUGCGUCGGAUUUUGCGGAGAUCCUUGUCCAAAAUUGUGCAGACUUUGCGAUGCCGAUGAACUUACCGAAAUCUUUUUCGGUACCGAAGAUGAUGAGGAUGCUAGAUUCGUCUUGCUACUAGAUUGCGGCCAUGUUAUGGAAUCUACCGGUAUGAUGAAUUGGUUAGAUCAGAAUCGAGGAAAUGUCGAUGAAGAUCAGAAAAUACAACCGUUAGUAUGUCCGAAAUGUAAAACUGUCAUCAAAAAAAGCGCCCGAUACAGCGACUACGUCAAAAAGAGCAUGAAGGAUUUAAAAGAUGUUAAAAUGAAGUUCUACGGAAAACCGAAAGAAAUUGAAAUAAUUAAAUACCGUAUACAGGAGAAAUUGUCGAAGAUGUAUGAGGGUAAUAGAGAAACGACGACCAUUUCUUCAUUAAGGGCUUCAAGAUUAAAUAUUAAAACAAGAAAGACAAUUGGGAUUGGAAAUUCUGCUUUCGUAAAGAUUAAAACGACUUUGACUGAUAGAUUAUUAAGUUCGAAAGACAAUCGUCGACAGAACAUCGACAAAAUGGAUUUGGACGCCAUUCGGAUGAAAGUGGAAUUGAUGCAGUUGGUAAUGGAGCCUCUGGAGAAAGAAAAAUUGUGUUUGUUGGAUUUGACGCUGUCUAAUAACCAUGUUAGUUUAAUAAUGGAAUUUUUGGGAAAACACAUCGAUUCCAUUACCGAACAAGAGGUCAUCGAUAUCGGUUUGGAAAUAAAUCGAUUGCACAGAUUUAUUCAAUUUGAACGACUCGGUUACAAGCCCUAUUUGCAACAGCCGGGUGUCCAAGCUAAGGUUGACGCCACCAUUCUAUUAUUGAAUAAACACGGCAGAUACGACGAUGAUCAAGACAAGAUCAUUAAAAAUUCGUUGGAAGAGUUAAAAGUACUAACGUCUUCAAAAAUUGCUCUGACCGACGCUGAAAAAUUUGAAAUUGUAAAAGCUGUGGGAUUGACAACAGGACAUUGGUAUAAGUGCCCAAAUGGACAUCCAUAUGCGAUAGGAGAGUGUGGCGGGGCCAAUCAAGAGUCCAGCUGCUAUGAAUGCGGAGCUCCGAUAGGUGGAAGAUCCCAUAGAUUAGCGCCCGGUAAUGAUGUGGCAACUGAUAUGGAUGGAGCAACAUAUCCUGCCUGGUCCGAGCAAGCAAAUAUGGCGAACUAUCAACUUUAAAAUCU